AUGUUGGACUUUUUCACCAUCUUGACCAAAGGAGGUAUAGUCCUUUGGUCAAGAACGUUCGCAAGAGUGCAAACCUCCCCUGUGGAUCCAUUGAUUAAAGAAGUUUUGAUAGAAGAACGUGCUGGCAAGAGCGAAUAUGUAAAAGAUUCGUACUGUUUAAAAUGGACUUUUGCAAACGAACUCGAGUUGAUCUUUGUGGUAGCGUACCAGAAAAUUCUCCAACUGGCUUAUAUAGACGAACUAUUGUCAACGGUUAAAAAGUACUUUUGUGACAAGUUCGCAGCUCUUAUCAGAGACACUUCGAAAAUCCAUGACUUUGAAUUCGACAACGAUUUUGAUAUAAUUCGCGCCCGACUAGAAAGAAAAGGGGAACAGGAGAGAAGACAAGCGCCUCGGAAAUUCGAUCAAACGAAAAAGUACAAAGCAACGUUGGAUGCCGCAAAGACGGGUAACGACGUAAGUGAUCUCCGUAAUCCGCAGGAAGCAGUUUCUGAGAAUCAAGGCGCUUUCACUGCAAACAAAAAUAGUCUUGCCCGCGAUCAAAGCCAGACGCGAAAGAAAGUAAUGCGAAAAUGGGAUGACAAAGUGAGCAAGGAAGAAGCCGCGAGUCUGGAUUAUAGCAACUCGAAGAAUUCGGAACUUGAUUCGGCAGAAGUAAUUCGAAACUUUGUUGACGAAAGCAAACUCGGACGGCAUUUCCAAGAUGGUCGUUACGAAAAUAUCACGGGCCAGAAAGAAUUAACUGAACGAGACUUGGCGCCGGUCAUGGCUAAUAUGAGAGAACAUUUGAUUAAAAAGAACGUUGCCGCUGAUAUUGCUUCCCAUCUGUGUGAUUCCAUUACCAAGAAUCUGGUCGGACAAAAGUUGGGCAGCUUUAGAAGUGUGCACUCGGCGGUGAAGCUUUCGAUGGAAGCCUCUUUGACAAAAAUUCUAACACCGAAGACAUCAGUCGACCUGUUACGUGACAUAGCGCAAGCACAAUCAGAAUCCCGUCCAUAUAGUAUCUGCUUUAUCGGCGUCAAUGGAGUUGGCAAAUCGACAAACUUGUCCAAGACCUGUUUCUGGCUUUUGCAGAACAAUUUGCGCGUUCUUAUUGCUGCAUGUGAUACCUUUAGGUCGGGUGCAGUUGAACAGUUGAGAGUACAUGUGCGGAACCUUAAUAUGUUGGGACAAGGGAAGGGAGUGGAGCUAUAUGAGAGAGGCUAUGGCAAGGAUGCCGCUGGCAUCGCAAAGGAUGCUAUUUCAUAUGCAAAAGCAAAUAGGUUCGACGUUGUAUUGAUUGAUACAGCAGGAAGAAUGCAAGACAAUGAACCUUUGAUGCGAGCUUUGGCAAAGCUUGUAACAGUAAACGAUCCGGAUAAAAUAAUAUUUGUCGGCGAAGCGCUGGUUGGUAAUGAAGCAGUCGAUCAACUAACAAAGUUCAAUCAAGCAUUGAAAGACUUUUCCGGACUACAAAGCCCAAGACAAAUCGAUGGAAUAAUAUUGACCAAGUUUGAUACAAUCGAUGAUAAGGUUGGUGCAGCAUUAUCAAUGACUUAUACAACAGGACAGCCAAUACUGUUUGUCGGUACUGGACAAACGUAUACUGAUUUAAAAAACAUGAAGAUUGGGCAUGUUGUCCAAUCUUUGAUAAAAGGCUAA